CCACGCACUUUUUCAUUAGACAUGGUUGGAGAGGAAUAAUCUUCAUUCCUUGGCAUAUUCCUACUUUUCCCUCCUAUAUUAAACCAAUGCCUAAUGGUGGUACAUCCAUUCAGUUUCAAUCUUGCAUGCUCUGGCAUACCAGUAGUUGUUCUCUGUAUCAGUUUAUUAAUAGAGUAUUCAAGAUGGACACAGUUGUAGUCUUUGAUUUUGAUCUCACCAUUGUGGACUGUGACAGUGAUCCAUGGGUCAUCGAGCAGCUCGGAAACACUCCACUCUUUGAGUCCUUGCUCCCCACUAUUCCAUGGAAUCCUCUCAUGGACAAAAUGAUGGGUGAGCUCCAUGACCAGGGGAAGACAAUAAGUGACAUUGAAGGUGGCUUAAGGACCAUUCCUCUUUAUCCAGAGACCAUCAGAGCAAUCAAGUUUGCCUUCUCCUUGGGGUGUGAUCUUCGGAUUGUGAGUGAUGCUAAUGUGUUUUUCAUUAAAACCAUCCUUGAAACACAUGAUUUGCUCCACUAUUUCACUGAGAUAAAGACAAACCCUGCAUUUAUUGAGGAGGAUGGGAGACUGAGAAUUUGCCCAUUCCACCCCUUGACAGAAGAUCCCCAUGGCUGCAACCUCUGCCCUCCCAAUAUGUGCAAGGGAGCAAUUAUUACUGAAAUGAGGAACUCCAUAGAAAAUGGGUGGAACAGGCGUUUUAUUUAUCUGGGAGAUGGUGCCGGAGAUUUCUGCCCUACCUUAAAAUUAGUGGAGGGAGAUGAUGUCCUGCCCAGAAAAGAGUAUCCACUUUCAAAGCUAAUUGAGAAGAAUCCGGAACUGGUGAAGGCCCAAAUCCAUGAAUGGUCCAAUUCCAAGGACGUUGAGGAUUUGCUCUUCAAGUUACUUAAACCUUCAGAAACAGAUUUCUGUCUUUAAUGUCUGAUGUUUGUUUUCUUCUUCAUUUCUGCAAUAGAGAGGAUGAAAACAUUCUUCGUAUAUGCAUCAUGUUCUAAAAGAAGACGGCUUUUCUUAGAAAUGAGCCAGAUUCUGGUGGGAAAGCUUUAUGCUACCAGGAAAUUUGUGUGCUAAUCAUUGGUCAUGGAAGGGUUUCUUUGUUCACCAAUUAAAAUUGUCUUCUAUGAGCAUAUAAUUUUUUUUUAAAAAAUUACUUAUCAUCAGUUUUAUGU